CCAAAAGACACCAUUUGUUACUGAGUAUCUUUCAAAUAGUAUAAGCCAUCUCUACCAUCUUCUGUGCUUGUAUAGCUUUGAUCUAUCAUCACCAAAUCCCUUGAUUCGUUACUCAUCACCAACCUCGCUGUCGUCGGCCUCGCAGCAUCGUUGCUAUCCACGACAGAACAACAACAAUCACGAUCCUUCACCUCCAUCACAGGACUAUUCCUUUUGGACCCUCAAGCUUUUGCUUUGGUCCUCGAUCAUCCGUCGUCGGCUGUCGGUCGUUGAUAUCUCCUAUUCGAUAUCCCCACAUAGUAGAUCUUGCCAGUUCUCAUCAUGUCUUCGUCUUCAAAAGACUCGCAAGAUGAGGCCUACGCUCAGUGGCUCGCUCUUCAACAAGAGUCCGUACGGAACGUGGCGAGGGAAGAGGAAACCACGACGCCGGAGCAGAAGGCCCAAAGGGAGGCAGACCGUCUUGCGUGGUUGGCAUGGAGGGAUGAGAACUACGCAAAGAAGAAGGCACCCAAGCCCCGCAAAGCGCGCAAGACAGCUAAACCUCCCCAAGCCCCCAAAAAGGAGACCAGCCGGAAGAGAAAGAGACCUACCGCUGAUCCGGAGAACGGUGGAGGACAAGCAACAACGACUUCCUCCAGCGAUCCGGAGGGCGGCCCUCCAAAGAAGCGGAGUCCGGGGAGGCCGAAGGGUAGUAAGAACAAGCCCAAACCUGGACAACAGCAAGCGCAGGUAGAAGCGGCACAGCAGCCGACGCUACCGCAAGAGCCUUUGCCAGUCGGUCAACAUGACCCCGUUAACGGCUCCACGGGCUCCUCGACCGACUACUUUGGACAGCGUUUCGAGGCGGCGGCCCGCUCCAGGAGGACCUCGCCUCCGCCCAUUCUUCAACCUUCCCUCGUCAAAGCAUCGGUACCCAACGCCCAGUUAGUGGGCCAGAGCGAACCGAUGCUUGACAGCGCGGAACGCAGUCAGGACCGAGACCAGAACGACGACGUCGAGGACGAGGACGACCUGUUCGGCGACCGAUAUGUCGAGAUGGCCUCUUCCCAGAGCGAGCCGAUGCCUAACAGCACGGAACGUGAUCAGAAUCAGGACGACGACGUUGAGGACGUGGACGACCUCUUCGGCGAUCGAUAUGUCGAAAUGGUCUCUUCCUAGAGCGAACUGCGGGCAAGGUGAUGGAGACGAGGAAGAAACUAAACAUAAUCUUUUCCUCGAUAUGCUGUCUGUCUCUGGGGUCUUGGUUGUGGGUCGUGCUGGCAGUGCGAACUGAACGCUUGUGUGUUGGGGGGUGGAAAAGCGGGAACGAAAAGGGGUCUGUUUCUCAACGGUAACGUAAGAGGAGGAACGAGAAUUCCUCGCCGGGAAACACAGUGAAUGCUUCUAAGUGCCAAGGCACGGCCGGCCAACCUUGCGUCUCGAGGUAGUCUCCCGGAGGAGGACUGAUCUGGGCUUUGGGGUUUCUGGGUGGUUUUUUUCUUCUUUGAUUCCGGAUGGAAGAAGCACGAUGCCGUGGUUAUAUCUCCUCUCCCGUCACUGAUAGGUAGGCAGCCAUCAAAAGGGCAUCGAGGGUCAACGAUGGUUGAUCGAGUAGACUUUCUUUCAUCUUUCGAUAUCACAAUUAGCGAAAUAGCGACUCUUCCAAUAACAUAUUCUUCUUCAUCUUAUAAAGUGAAGAGU